AUGAAGUUUUCCUUGUCUGCUGUCUUCCUUACUCUUCUUGGAGCCACUUCUGCUUUGGGUGCUUCGGCUUCAACUUCGUCUCUUGACAGACAAUUUGGUAUCGUGAGUAGCCACUCUGGUAUCAUCCAUGUCCACCUACGCACAUUCGAAGUUGGUCAAUCUGGUCAUGUUUACUUGAGUAAAUAUGAUAAUUCUGACGGUAAUGCCAAUUUCAAUCUCAAAAAUGGAGAAUUGUUACAUGAAAACAAGACUGCUUCUAUUGACAAGGACGGUGCUCUUGUUUUCGAAUCCUCUGGCUCUCCUCUGUCAGGUUUCGAAGCUAAGCAGGUGAAUUCCCAAUUCUAUGAUCUCAGCUUGAACAACGAUUACCCUGUCGCAUGCCCUGUUCCCAAUGCCAACGAUGUUUAUCAAAUCUACUACGGAAAGGGUAAUGGUAAUGCUGACUGUGUUGGUAUUUACCCUUUGGCUGCCACUCCUUAA